GCAUCCAUCAACUGCCCGAGUUACGUAUGCAUGUGCAUACUCGAUCGGGUUGCUGUUCAACAUGUCCGACAAAACCGCCAAGGAAUCCCUGCCCAGCUGUUUGCGAGUAAAUGCACUCCUCAUCUUUGUUCUGCUGGGGAUAGGGGUGGGACUCGCGCUUGGAUUUGGUCUACGAAAAAUUCAACCCUCGGAGGAGGCCAUUAUGUGGAUAGGUCUGCCGGGUGAGGUAUAUAUGAGGCUACUGAAGAUGACCAUCCUGCCUUUAAUCGUAUCAACCAUCAUUACAGGUACGGCCUCCAUUGAUCCCGGGUCGAACGGCCGCAUCACCAGCAUCAGCUUCCUCUUCAUCCUCAUCGCGAACAGUUUUGGCGCCAUUCUAGGAAUCGUCAUGUACUUCAUUUUUAAACCAGGAGUGGGUGUGGUAAGUGAUGUAUCUCCGGAGGAAACUAUAUCAGUAACCACGACAAAAGUGGAAACAAGUGACAUGUUUGCUGACAUGAUAAGGAACCUCUUCCCAGACAAUAUGAUAACGGCAUGCUUUCAGAAGACACAGACAAUGACCCGUACAACGACAACAAAAUCAGAGCUCAACAUCACCACUGUAACCAAAAGCAAGGAGACUACAUCAGCCAGCGGAGUUAAUAUAUUAGGCCUCAUUGUUGUGUCGACUUUGUUUGGUAUUGCCGCCAGCAAGCUAGGAAGUCUUGUCAAACCAUUCUUGGAUUUCUUUUCUGCCGUCUCUCAUCUCGUGAUAAUGGCCUUGAACUGGAUUAUUGUUACGACACCAGUUGGAGUAGCAAGCCUUAUAGCCUCGGCCAUCUUGAAAGUGACGAAUCUGGAAGCCGUGUUUAACAGUUUAGGGAUGUUCGUUCUCGCCCUUUCCGUUGGAAUAGGUUUUUAUCUCCUUGUGUUGGUGCCUUUGUUGUAUUUCAUCGUCACGAGGAACAGCCCGCUCUAUUACAUCGCAGUGUCACUGAGGGCUUGGAUGACCGUGUUCUCUGUAGCGAGCUCAGCGAUUGGAAUGCCAGAACUCUUGAAGGUGGUGGAAAAUAAGUUACACGUGGAUAAGAGAAUAUCUCGGUACACCGUGCCCCUAGGAGUAGCUCUGACACGCGCUGGCAGCGCCCAGUUUAUAACAUUAUCCUCUCUGUUCCUGAUCAAUUUAGAGGGCAUCGUCCCUAACGCUGCUACAAUUGUACUUGUCUGGCUUUUGACCACCGUUAGUUCUCUGGCCAUACCGUCCAUUCCUUCAGCAGGCAUCGUUACUGUGCUGAUUAUCUUAUCCUCACUCAACAUAAACAUAACAAACAUCGGCUUGUUGAUGGCGCUUGAGUGGUAUGAUGACAGAAUAAGAUCUACCAAUAAUGCCAAUUCUAUUGUUAUGGGGGCAGUCAUUGCAGACAAGUUCUGUAAGUCCCACCUACCUCCAAUGGACUCGAUGGCGGAUGGCGAAAUCAGAGAGGUGGACGUCAUUCCGGAGGAAGAUUUUCAAAAAAGUGGGUCAACAGAAAAUGUCUGAUUAACUUAAUGUAACACAUGUAUCUUCAGGUUUCUGAAACCCGUCUGAUAUCAUUAUCCCUGACCCCUUGUGGAUUUUCGAUAUUCGUAGUAUGUGAAAUAUCAUACAAGCAUGUAAGGAAUGUUUUAAAACCACGAGUACACAAACAAUGCAUUGUUACAUAAUUGAUUCACUUGUAAUGAUAAUUUUAGUUAAGAUUAAUUGCAGUUGCACAGAUGCCAUUGGAUUUAUCUCACAAAGUACUAUUACAUCUUGGUAGCUUUCUCAGAAAAUCGUCCAGAUUUAUGAGAUAUGUGGAAAUUAAAUAAAUUCUAUUGAAGCCUUGUACAGUGCCCUAUAUAAUAUGACAAUUUUAGUAUUAAAAUACUAAUGAAAAUUGAAAUAAAUAAUUUCAGAAUUUAU